UAUAGGUAUACAAAAUAUAUAUAAAACUAUAGCGAACUUACAUUUCAGAGGAGGAACAAAUCUUCAAGAAAUUUGUAAUAUGCCACAAAUGUUGUCCAUUAUAAAAAUAAUUUUUAUUAAUUCUCAAGAUUUACCAAGUUGCUGUGUUAUUAAUGCUAUAUCAAUUUUAUCGCAUUUUUUAUCAUGUCCUUCUGUGGAAUUAAGUAGUAAAUUAUACAACACGAGUAUGUCCAUUUCAGAGGAAAUUUGUAAAAGUGUCACAGGAAAAUGUAUUAUUGAUUCUUACGUGGUUGACAUUUCAUCAAAUCUUUCUUGUGGCUUAUUAAGACUUUAUUCCACUAUAGCAAGUCGAAUAUUACUAAACGAACAUUUACAAAAACAUAAAAAAGUAGCUAAAUCGUUAAAAAAUAUUGCUUGGUUUAUGAUUAAACAUAUAAUAUUACCAUUUGUUUUAAAAAACAUGAAUGUAAGUUUGCACUACAAGAGCUGUCGGAAAGGAAUUAAAAGUUUGUUAAGUCCAUUUAGAGAAAGUUUACCUCUAGAUGUCCUCCAAAACAUAGCUAAUUAUUAUGCCGCAUCAAAGAUUAUCAGCAUUUUAUUUGAAUCAAUUGAAUAUAAACAAAUUGGAAUUUUAUCUGAAGAGUUGUUAUUUGAAAUGAUGUUCCAUCUUUCAUCAGCAUAUCUUAAAAUCGAUUCUCAUUGGCCCGGUGGUAUAGAUAUGUUUCGGAAUCAAUUGGUUUGGAGCUUUAAAGAUUUUCCUAGAACAUCAAAAGAUAUUUGUUUAAUUUUAACAAAUAGUAAAAAUACUGAUAUAAAACAAUCUAUAAUCAUUUUCAUAUAUUUCUAUCUUUUAACUUAUUCCAACAUUGAAAAUGAAUCAAUAUAUCUGGAACCUAUAUGCGUUUACUUAUGUUUAAUUCAGAAUGAAAUACCUACUCCUGUUAUAAAAGCAGUUCUUUUUAUUAUUUCUAUUUCUUUUGUUUCCCAUAAUGCUGUAAAUGCAGUAUCUGGGUUAACUAUUGCUACAAAAAAAUUAGUUGCACUUAUUAACACUCAAAUGUUUGAUUUGAUUUUUACCUAUCAUCCAGCUAUUUUAUAUUUUUUAUUCGCUACAAGUAUAAUACCAGACAAAAUCCAAUCGCAAUUAAUUAAACAAUGGAUUCUGAAUUUAGAUGAUAUUAGUUUUAUUGAAUUGGAAAAAUUUUGCUUGAAAAAUGACAAAGCAAAAUUAUGUUUAUUGAACGUGCUUAUAAAUGAUACAACUAUCGAUAGUAAUAAAUUGCAUCUAGGAUUCGACGUUAUUAAAAAAAUUAUAGCUAUUGAAAAUAAUUUGAAUGAACAUAAAACAUUAUUAAUUAUUUGGGAAAUUUUACCAAUAAAUUUAGGUUUAUUCUGUUGUACUGAAAAUCCUAAAGCAAUAGGAGCAACAAAUUUAAAGUUAUUAUUAAAUUUAACCGAAUCGUGCUCUUUCGAUGGGCUCAAUAUUUGCAUAAAUGAACACCGAAAUUUAGUUUAUACCAUGUCUUCAAUUGUAAAAAGUUAUCAAUCUAAUUUUCCUGAACGGUAUUCUCUACUAUCAUCUCUCCUGCAGCAUAUAUUAACUCUGAUUCAGUUAUCUAAUAAUGAUGUUGUAAAUACAAUUAAAAAACAUAAUGACUUUCUAUGUGUACUCCAAAAGCUAUGUUUAUCUGAAAAUAAUGAAGUUUGUUUUCUUACGUAUAAUACGAUAAUAAAAUUAUGCCAAAUUGAAAAAGAAGGAAUUAAAAAUGAAUACACUAUUUUAAAUUCGAUGACAAUAAAUUGCAACUACAUUUUAGACGCAAUGUCUAGGAAGUGUCAAAAUUGUAUAAUAUCGUCUAUUACAUUAUUUCAAAUUAUAAUACACUACUAUGAAAAAUGUAUUAAUGAUACAGUUGAAUUUAAUGAUAUACUAACUGUAGAAUGUUUUAGAUCUGUUUUUAUACAACUAAAAACAUUAAUAUCUCAAGGACUGGAUUGGGUAUCAGAUCAUGCUUGGGAGUGCAUUACUAUAAUUUUAUCAACAUCACUUUUAAAAGAUCUAAAGAAUAUACCAGAUCUUCAGUAUGAAUUAGCUACCGAUCCUUGGCUCAAUUUUUUACUCACAAAUUAUAAAUUCUAUAACAAAAAAUGUUUGAAGUUUUUACAUUUUUGGUUUGAUAAUUUUGUAUUGACUACGGAAGAAAGUUUCUCAAUAUGUGGAAAAGAACCUUUAUGUCCUAGUAUUUUUGAUAAAACUAUAAUUCAUAUUUUAUCAACAAUAGUUAAUCAAACUUAUAAAAGCAGUGAAUUGGUAAUGGAAGCAAAAAGUAUUAUAAAUCUGAUUUUAAAAAGUAAAUUUGUAAUACCUAAUGGACUAGAAUUUCAAAUACAACAUUUUUUAAAUCAGCAACAAUAA